GUUGUGGACAAAGAGAGAGCGAGGGACGGGGCUUAAAAAGGAUGGGCACAAAGUUAGAGGCAGCAAUCCUGGAGCGAGAUCGGCCAAACUACAGCUGCUGAAUGUUCAGGGGGACAGCGUUUUCCAAGUCCUCUCCAYGAUGCUGUACACUUUAGCGGGAGGAGGCACUCUGUGUGGCGUGGCCACCCUCGUGCUCCUCAUCGUCUCUACGGCAACAGACUUCUGGAUGCAGUAUCGAUACUCCGGGAGCUCAGCCAAUCAGGGCCUUUGGAGGUUCUGCAUCAACCACAAAUGCCACGCACACACCACAACUGUGGCCUUUUGGGACGCCACCCGGGCCUUCAUGCUGCUGGCGGUGCUGAGCUGCUUCGCUGGCAUCGUCCUGGGCCUGAGUGCUUUCACUAACGGCACCAAGAACAAGAGAGUCCGGACAGGCGGCAUCGCUCUGGUCCUGUCAGGUUUUCUUGCUCUUCUGGCUUUGGCUAUUUACACAGGCGUGACUGUCACUUUCUUUGGCAAACGCUUCCUGGACUGGCGCUUUUCCUGGUCCUACAUCAUAGGCUGGGUUGCUGUCAUUUUGGCUUUUGCAGCAGGUGUGUUUCAGCUGUGUGCUUACAGACAGACCAGUGCAGAACCGGCUCCUUCAAAUAACCCGGACAGCUGAGCAGGAUGAACACACGCGUUUUCUUCAAGGCUCUGGGAAAACUUUCAACUGCUUUCACUUUCCAGUGAAGAAAAUAAAUGGGAAAUUGUAAAACCUCA